UACUGCUUGAUGUCUGAGGAUCCACAAUUUCUAUCUACUUGAAGAGAAGGCACUAAGGGUGGAUUAGUAAUCAACUUAUAUAAGCAUAAGAAAGCUUUCAGUGUCAUAAUGAAGCCGAAGUGCUGUGUGUCAGCGCUGUUAGUUGUGUUAGGAACGAGCUUGGCAGCAAGACUUGAUAAUACAUAUCUUCCACCCGGAAGUGCCGGAAGUGCUGGUGGAGCUGGAUUAAUUUCAGGACCUAAAAGAGGGCCUUCUGGAGGUGGGCCAAGUGGACCUACAAGAGGAAGUCCUGGUGGUUUUGGACCUAGUGGAAGCCCCGGAGGUUUCGGACCCGGUGGAAGCCCUGGUGGCUUUGGACCCGGUGGAAGUCCUGGUGGCUUUGGACCCGGUGGAAGUCCUGGUGGCUUUGGACCCGGUGGAAGUCCUGGAGGUUUCGGACCUGGUGGAAGUCCUGGUGGCUUUGGAUCUGGAGGUGGAUCUGGAGGUAGCGGAUUCGGUGGAGGCGCUGGUGCUGGUCCCGGAGGUCCCUCAGGAUUUGGUGGAGGCGCUGGAGCUGGAAGUGGUGGCGGUCGUCCAGUAGGUGGUGGUUCUGGACCUGUUGGACAGCCUGGUGGUGGUAGUGGUGGUCAAGAAAUUCCCAUUGUUUCUUUUACAAAUGAAAACAAUGGUGAUGGCAACUAUGCAUUCAGCUAUGAAACCGGAAAUGGAAUCACCGCUCAAGAAACAGGCCAGUCACAAGGUGAUACUGAGACUGUGAGCGGAUCUUACUCUUACACAGGCCCUGAUGGCGUUCAGUAUACUAUUACGUACACUGCUGAUGCUGAAGGUUUUCAUCCACAAGGAGAUCAUCUUCCAACGCCUCCUCCGAUACCACCAGAAAUUCAGAAAGGCAUUGAGCUUUCAUUAGCAGCUGAAGCUCGAGGAGAAAAUCAAGAUGGGGGAUCUAGUGGUGGUGGUAGUGGUGGUGGUGGUCAAGGAGGUGGUAGUUACAGUGGUGGACAAGGAGGAAGUGGAGGAGCUGGUGGUGGUGCUGGAGGUGGAUUUGGACAAGGAGGAAGUGGAUUUGGAGCUGGUGGUGGCGCUGGUGGUGGUUCUGGUAGUGGUUUUGGACAAGGAGGUGGUUUUGGAGGAGGUCAAGGAGGCGCAAAAGGUGGUGCAGGGCAAGGGGGUGGUUAUAACUAUGGAGGUGGAUCUGGAAGUGGCAGUAGCGGUGGUGGUACUUCUUAUCAAGGUCCAAACUCUUAUCAAACAAGCUCAAAUGGUGGAUAUCAAUACUAGAAAAAUCUUGGAAAUAUGUAUACUCAGUCAUUGACAUCAUACAAACUCGAUCGUUUUCAUUAUUUCAAAAUAACUCAAAAGAAACCCGACUUAUGUACAUAACAAUAAUGAUUACGUAAUUUUUUUUUACCCUUUUUAUGUCUUUUUCUUAAGACAAAAGUGAUGUCUUAUUAAUCACAACUAGGUGUGUAUGUAACAUUCUUACUCGUCAUUUUAUUCCAUUAUUAAGAAAGUGUUGUUAAUGAUGAUAAAAUAAGAAUUUUAUUUCACCUAUUGUAUGUAUUAUUUUUUAAUUAAUAAAAUAUGUGUAU